GAUAAAAAAAAAUGUAAAACAAUAACAAAUUAAAAGUUGAAAUUAAAACGUGGAUUUAUUAAAGUUAAAAUUAAUCAUUCUUGCUGUAGCUGUAAAUUUAAAAGGAAAUUAUUGAAAUUUAAACGUAUGAACCUGUAAGUAAAGAAAAGUUAUUCAAAUCCAAAAUUUAAAAGAAAUAGUUAACGUACUUACCUUUGUUGUUGAACAGAUUGAUCGCACAUGAGAUUAUUGGAAAUAAGCGGAAUAUUUCGAAAUCAAUAUUUGAAAAAUUAAAAUAACAUAAAACCGGAUUAUAUUGUGUAAAACUACUACAUAUUAGGAGGAAAAGCAAAUCAGGAUUGAAGGAGGGUGCACGAGGAAUAAAAAAGAAACUACUUUGUAAGUAUCAAAUGAACUGCAAAUUGUAUCUAAAAAUAAUGAAAUACAAACUAUUUUAGUUGAGCUAACCAAAAAUAAUCAGGUUUGCUACAAAUUGGUUCUUCAAUUCCGAACAAACUCAAAAAGUAUGAGUCAGUCGGAUAUAACCUCAAAUCUCUCCGAGGAUCAUGAGGAGCUGGACCUCACAAUGACUCCUUGUUCGGCUUGCAACCAGACAUCAACAACAAACGAACCUAUGGUCGGUUGCGAUGCGUGUAACCGAUGGUUUCACUAUCGAUGUGUGGGAGCUACGGAAGCCGUAAAAAGGGAGAAGCGUUGGUUUUGUCCGGAGCCCGUUUGUCAAGAAGCGGCUAAAAAACAGAAAAAGUCCGGUGGUAAGAAGAAUCCUGCCCGAACCAUCGAGAAAUCAAAUCAAGUGCAGAUAACCCAGGAACAAAAGAUUAAGACCAUGGAAGAGGAAUAUGCGAAGCAAAUGGAAGAGAUUGAGAACGAAAGAUUGCUCCGGGAGAAGGAAAUGGAGUUACAGCGAGUGCUAAAGGAGAAAAGGAUGCAGAUAGAAAAGGAUUUACGAGAGAAGGAAUUGGUUCAGGAGAAGCUCUUACUUGACCGGGCUUUGAAGGCCAAAACAGAUCAUUUCGAGAAAAUGAAGACGAUGCGACUGUCAUACCAACAGUGCAUGGAUGGACUAGAUCAGGAGAUGCUUAAUAUGAAGAAACAUGGGGAAUCGGUAGAGGUAUCUCAACCCGGUCCUUCCGCCAUGAAGCAAAUUCCCGCCAGAAAGCUUGAGCCAGCAGACGAUAAGCUAUUCCGACAGAAGAUGGUGUCAACACGUAUGCCAGAGAAAAUGCGCAGAGUAUCAGACCAUUCAAGUGAUGAUGACGACCAAGAGGAAGACUACAGUAGUGACGGAGAAUGCGAUGGUGACAACGGAGAGUUUGUAGCAAGUGGAACAUCCGGAAAUCAUACCGUUUCGUACGGGCUGGGGCAAUCCCAUGUAGGUCCCACUAGAAAUCAGCUAGCGGCACGGAGUGGCGUUUCGAAGAAGCUGCCGGUGUUUACAGGUAAGCCAGAGGAUUGGCCACUUUUCUACGGGUCAUACGUAGCAUCGAACGAAGCAUGCGGCUUCAACGAUGUAGAAAAUCUUGUGCGACUUCAAGAAAGUUUAAGAGGGCCGGCUCUCGACAGCGUUCGAGGACAAUUGAUACUUCCCAAAUCUGUGCCGAAAGUGAUGAACAAACUCCGGCAACUAUACGGUCGUCCUGAGCUUAUUCUCCAAAGUCAUUUGGAGCGGAUCCGGAAGUUAGAGCCACCAAGAUCAGACAAGCUAGCGUCAUUUGUUCCUUUCGGGAAUGCCAUAGAGCAACUAUGUGAGCAUCUCGAGGCCGCCGAUCUACACCAACACAUGAUGAAUCCAAUCCUUAUACAAGACCUGGUCGACAAGCUUCCGGCCAGUGACAAGCGGGAGUGGGUUCGAUUUAAGAGGAAAGAAAAGGAGGUAACACUGAGAAUUCUCACCGAUUUCGUCGUUGGGAUUGUCGAUGAAGCUUGUGAAGCAAAUGUUUGCUUGGAGACGAAGCAGGAUAUGAAAACACCGCGAGCCGUCCGCGUCAACAGCGGGGGUAACCAAAGCAGUUGGAAAGGUAAACCGGGGCAGAGAGGCGUAUUGAUGAAUCACGAUGCUAUUAAUAGUGCUUCUAAGGACCUGACCGGAAGAACCAGAAUGAAGGCAUGCAAAGCGUGCAAGCGGACAGACCAUCGAUUGAGAUUUUGUGAAGAUUUUCGUAGAUUGACUUUUGCUGAUCGACUAGGUAUUGUGACUAGAUGGAAGUUAUGUAACAUUUGUUUGAACGAGCAUGGAAACGCUGCCUGCAAGUUUAAGAUUCGUUGUGACGUCGGUGGCUGUCAGCUAAGGCAUAACCCGCUACUUCAUCCGACAGAAGGUGUCGUUGGAACAAGUGUGCACAUCCAAACAGCAAGCGCGAUUAUCUUCAGAAUUAUCCCAGUGCAAUUAUUUUGCGGAGGUAAAACGGUUACAACUUUAGCUUUCCUAGACGAGGGUGCGUCGGUAACGAUGAUCGAAAAUAAUCUGGCGGACCACUUAGGUCUUGUAGGAGUUCCUGAGCGAUUGACAAUUACCUGGACAGCCGAUAUUUCUCGAGAGGAAAAAGCCGCGAAACGGGUUAGCGUCUGGGCAUCGGCAAUUGGAGAUGAGGAACGGUUGUUGUUAAACUACGUGUAUACAGUAGAAAGUUUGCGUCUCCCGAUGCAAUCUCUAGAUGCACGAGCAAUGUCAAGGCAGUUCAAGCACUUGCAAAAUCUUCCAAUAAGUUCGUAUCAAAAUGCUCGACCCGGAAUGCUAAUCGGACUCAACAACCUACACUCAUUUGCACCAUUAGAAGCGAAAUUAGGCGGCGUCGGUGACCCAAUUGCCGUUCGGUGCAAAUUGGGAUGGACGGUUUACGGCCCAAGAAGCGAAGUUAUGUCUGUCCAAAGGAACGUUCUAGGGUUUCACGAUUGUGUUACGAACGAGAAUCUACAUGAUCUGAUAAGAACGCAUUAUGCCUUAGAAGAAUCCGUAGUUGCUGUGAAGCAGGAGUCACGAGAGGAUGAAAGGGCGCUUAAACUCAUGCAACGCACAACGAAAAAAAAUCGGAAACCACUUCGAAACCCGCCUUCUUUGGAGAAAUGA